AUGCGCAUUUACAAAUCCCUUGGAUCUGCUUUAAAUCACUCAGAAGACAACGCAGGCAGAGCGCUGCACAUCUACGCAUCCUUCCAUUUCUUAAAUUAGCCACCUUAAGCUUCGAGAUACCGCCCCCAAUUUCAGUGUCGGUACGGAGCCGCCAGGCCGGGACAGAGACGGAGAGAGAGCCCUCGGCCAUGGAAGCGCUCGGACCCGGCCCGCCUGCCCCUGCCCCUACCCCUGCCCUCUUCCAACCACCACGCCGGCCCGGCUUGGGUACGGUGGGGAAGCCGAUUCGCCUGCUGGCCAAUCACUUCCAGGUGCAGAUCCCCAAGAUCGACGUCUACCAUUAUGACAUUGACAUCAAGCCUGAAAAGCGACCCCGCCGGGUCAACAGAGAGGUGGUGGACACAAUGGUGAGACAUUUUAAGAUGCAGAUCUUUGGGGACAGUCAGCCUGGUUAUGAUGGCAAGAGGAACAUGUAUACGGCACAUCCACUACCCAUCGGGAGAGACCGGGUGGAUCUGGAGGUGACAUUGCCAGGUGAGGGGAAGGAUCAGACCUUCAAGGUGUCUCUGCAGUGGGUGUCAGUGGUGAGUCUGCAGAUGCUCCUGGAAGCUCUGUCUGGUCAUUUGAACGAGGUCCCGGAGGAUUCUGUACAGGCUCUGGAUGUCAUCACUCGUCACCUGCCCUCCAUGCGGUACACUCCAGUAGGUCGUUCCUUCUUCUCACCACCAGAGGGGUAUUACCACCCACUGGGAGGAGGGAGGGAGGUUUGGUUCGGUUUCCAUCAGUCUGUCCGUCCAGCAAUGUGGAACAUGAUGCUCAACAUAGAUGUGUCAGCUACAGCCUUCUACCGAGCCCAGCCUGUCAUUGAGUUCAUGUGUGAGGUUCUGGACAUCCAGAACAUCAAUGAGCAGACCAAGCCCCUCACAGAUUCACAACGUGUCAAGUUCACCAAGGAGAUCCGAGGACUGAAAGUGGAGGUCACACACUGCGGCCAGAUGAAGAGGAAGUACCGUGUGUGCAAUGUCACACGCCGCCCAGCCAGCCAUCAGACAUUUCCUUUGCAGCUCGAGAACGGACAAGCUAUGGAGUGCACCGUUGCCCAGUAUUUCAAACAAAAGUAUAGCCUGCAGCUCAAGUACCCCCACUUGCCCUGCCUCCAGGUGGGGCAAGAACAGAAGCACACCUAUCUGCCCCUUGAGGUUUGUAACAUAGUGGCAGGACAGCGCUGUAUAAAGAAACUAACAGAUAACCAGACCUCAACCAUGAUAAAAGCUACGGCCCGCUCAGCCCCAGACAGACAGGAAGAGAUCAGCAGACUGGUCAAAAGCAACAACAUGGUGGGCGGGCCUGACCCUUACCUGAAAGAGUUUGGCAUUGUGGUUCACAAUGAUAUGACAGAGGUGACCGGGCGGGUCCUCCCAGCGCCCAUGCUUCAGUAUGGGGGCCGGGUGAGUACAGACACUGGGAGGGACUGUAGCAGGGGACUCUCUCCCCAGAACAAAACUGUGGCCACACCCAAUCAGGGUGUCUGGGACAUGAGGGGAAAGCAGUUUUAUGCGGGUAUAGAGAUCAAGGUGUGGGCCGUAGCCUGCUUCGCCCCUCAGAAACAAUGCCGAGAAGAUUUGCUCAAGAGUUUCACUGACCAGCUGCGCAAGAUCUCCAAGGACGCAGGGAUGCCCAUCCAAGGCCAGCCCUGCUUCUGCAAGUACGCCCAGGGAGCAGACAGCGUGGAGCCGAUGUUCAAACAUCUCAAGAUGUCUUAUGUGGGACUACAGCUCAUUGUGGUCAUUCUGCCUGGGAAAACACCAGUCUAUGCGGAAGUGAAGCGUGUGGGAGAUACUCUGCUGGGAAUGGCCACUCAGUGCGUUCAGGUGAAGAAUGUGGUGAAGACGUCCCCUCAGACGCUGUCCAAUCUCUGUCUGAAGAUCAACGCCAAACUAGGAGGCAUCAACAAUGUGCUGGUGCCACAUCAAAGGCCCUCCGUGUUCCAGCAGCCGGUCAUCUUCUUGGGGGCUGAUGUCACUCACCCUCCUGCAGGCGAUGGGAAGAAACCGUCCAUUGCAGCUGUGGUGGGAAGCAUGGAUGGACACCCUAGCCGCUAUUGUGCCACCGUGCGAGUGCAAACCUCACGCCAGGACCUGUCCCAGGAACAGUUCUACAGCCAGGAAGUCAUCCAGGAUCUUACCAACAUGGUGCGAGAGCUCCUUAUUCAGUUCUACAAGUCUACCCGAUUCAAGCCCACACGCAUCAUCUACUACCGUGGAGGAGUCUCUGAGGGCCAGAUGAAGCAGGUUGCCUGGCCAGAGCUGAUCGCCAUCAGGAAAGCUUGCAUCAGUCUAGAAGAGGACUACAGACCAGGAAUCACCUACAUCGUAGUGCAGAAACGUCACCACACUCGACUCUUUUGCUCUGACAAAGCUGAGAGGGUCGGGAAGAGUGGCAAUGUCCCAGCAGGCACUACAGUGGACAGCACCAUUACACACCCCUCAGAGUUUGACUUCUACCUGUGCAGCCAUGCUGGUAUCCAGGGCACAAGCCGUCCCUCUCACUAUCACGUCUUGUGGGAUGACAACUGUUUCACAGCCGAUGAACUGCAACUGUUGACUUACCAGCUCUGCCACACCUACGUGCGCUGCACCCGCUCCGUCUCUAUCCCCGCACCAGCCUACUAUGCCCGGCUUGUGGCGUUCCGUGCCCGUUACCACUUAGUGGACAAAGACCAUGACAGUGCUGAGGGCAGUCACGUAUCAGGACAGAGUAAUGGCCGAGACCCUCAGGCCCUGGCAAAGGCGGUCCAGAUUCACUAUGAUACCCAGCACACUAUGUACUUCGCCUGACGUCAGCUAGCAGGAGACGCACUUCUACACUCCCUCUUCAAUCUGUCUCUCUCUCUCUUCAUCUUCCCGUUUCUCUCUAUCGCGUCUUCGUCUGCAGCAAAGCAGUUCUGAAGCCAGGGGCCAUCUGUCAGUCCAGUCGAAAUUGGUCGGCCUCAGAAGAACCAACCUCUACCAGCAGUCCUGCACUGAGAGGCUUUUGGCCUCCAAUGCACAGAGAGAAAAAAAUCAAAUUGAGCCAUUUUUAACUUUUUCAUUUCUUGUUUUGAUUUUGAAUGUCUUUUUAAUUUGUAAUAUACACUGAGUGUGAGCAAACCUGCGCCAUUGGUCAGGGCAGCUCUGGCUCUCUCAGCUAAGCUGGACUCUGUCUACUUUUACCUCAAGCCACCAUUGGCUGAAUCUUGUCACAUGUCUUUUGGAGUGGGUGGGAUGGAUCUCGCAUGUCGGGGAUGGGGGGAGGUUGUGUUGACUUGGAUGGAUUUGUUGUUCUCCUUUUUAUGGUCGUAUUUGGACUCUCUCCUCUCAGUCUUUUACAAACGAGGUGACCUUGGUAUACAUACGCAUUACCCGCUGCCAUUUUGUGCGCUUGUGUGGGUGUGCGUGCAUUCGUUCGUGUGUGUGUGUGUUUGUGUGAAUGUAAGUUUGUCUCAUGGCAGGCCACUGAAAUGUUAAGGGAAAUCUAGGAGCAAACUGCUGUAAAUGCCUCUUUUUUUUUUUUUUAUAUUAACACACACACAGAUAUAUAAAAAUAUAUAAAUAUUUACAGCUCUAUAAGCAUAUUCCACUUGAUCUAACAGGCUUUCAUAAGCUGAUGGUUUUGUGUAGCAGUAGCAUUACCCAUAGUCUCUGUGAGUGUUGGGGUUGUCGGACCUGGGCAAACGGCUUGGUACAGGUGCCAUUCUGCCUGUGGCAAGACUGGAAACGCAUGCGUCUUAUUCGGAUGUUUAUUUUACAGGGUUGAAAGGUAUGGCCAUUGCACAGUUACAGACGUAGCGCUAACACGCCAUCUGAUAGGCUAGGCUUGCAACAUACAGCACUCUCCCUUCUUUUAUGCAUUUAUACAUAAGAUUCAAAUGAGAUUUGUAAGAGUUUAAUAUAAAUGUUUUUUUGUGGUAAACUUUAACAGUUUGUUAGAGUAGAUAAUCGUUGUUCUUGUCGUUCUUAAUGUUGAUAUUGAUCAGUUGUUUGCAAAUCGGUCGCAUAAUUAAUUGAUCCAGGAGUCAUUGUGGUUGUAAAUGGAGAGUUUUUUUUUUAUUUUUUUUAUACAGCUUAAAUUCUUGUAGCGUUGUGGCAAUGGUAAUGAGGGCCCAAAAUGCUUUGGUUUGUCAACUUUUUUUUUUUUUUAAGUUUGAACUGAUCAAAGUUUGAGUUUUAGAUCAUUUCUGAACCAAGUUAAUGGAAAGCAAGUAGAGUGACAAAUCAGAACUUUUUUGGGGGAAUGUUCAGCAGUUAUAUGAAUUUUACACUUAUAGUCUGUUUAUUACUUCUGUGUGUAUAUGAACUUUAAUCUAUAAUAUAAAUCUGAAUGAACUUUCUCUUGCAUAUUAAAAAUAGGACACCAUACAUUAAGACACACAAGCAUAAGCACUGCCUUUGGACUGAACGGCACUGACGGUGCAGUUUGAAGGGUCUCCAGCGCACACGCCUCGUCAGGGGGGCCGCUCUGCAAAAACCCUUUUGUAAUAAACCAUCCGUAAAGCAGCAGGUUUGCUAUAAAUGAGUUUGAGCACCAGCCUGUCGUUGGCGUGGACGCUGGUCCCAUGAAAGAAGAACAGGAAUUGGGCAAGGGCAUCAUAUGCAAUAAGUUGGAUUUAAGCAUCGAAUGCUAAAUAGUUUACUCGAUGUCACAGCUUCCAGAGAAAAACGCGUUUGAGUAGUGUGUGUGUCCUUUUUAGGCAUUUUCACUAAAUUGUUACAUGACAUUUAAUUCCAGUUUUUAACAUGAUAUCAUUGCAAAGCAAUAUAACCCAAAAUCUAGGAACAAUUUAAAAGCUGUAAUACUUUUUGUCAAUGUGGCUGUUGGUUGGAUUCCUAUUGCCAUUUGUGUUUAUGUACUUAUUUUGCUUGUAUCAAUCAGUGGGAAUGUGCAUAUGGUGGACUAGCUCUUUAGGCUAUGUGGAACAUUUUCAAAUUUAAACUGUGCUCGCCUGCAUGCCUGAGUAUUGUUCUAAUCUCUUAUAAAAUAUUUAUUAUGGCGCAUAAGUUUUUUUUUUUUUUAUGCAUAAAUCAAUACAGAGACUGUUUUGAGUAGCGAUGUUGUCCGAUCUCUUUUACAAGAUUUAAAAAAUUUCUCCAGAAAUGUCACUAACUGAUGAGGGACAGAUUUGGGGGCUGAAGGGGUGAGGAUGUUGGUCUUUGGGAGCUCCAACCCAAACGAGGUACUUUCUUCAAUCACUGGGCCGCUAAGACUGACCUCCUCAACCUUUCUUUCCGUCCUCAUGCUGAUGAGGAGCCCUUUUACCCACUGUCUUGUUCCUUCUGCUCUUGGGCUCUCCAGUGCUGUGGCGCCGCCCUGGUGGCACCUCCACACAUGCACUUCCUCUCUGCAUGUGGUGGGCCCCAAGGGUCCACUACACAAGGAUUACCUCUUAACUUUUUUUUUAACCCAUUCUCUGUCCCCUUUAAAGAGAGCAUGAUUUUUUUUUUUUAAUUCCUAUUUGAUAUAUAUGGCUUUGUUAUUUGAAAAAUGUGUAUUGUAAUUUAAUUUUGUUUAUCUUACUGGUGUGUAGCUUUUUUGUGAUGUUCUAUUCUCGUGUUCUGAGCUGUGUGACUUGUCCAAUAGCAAUAGGGGCACUUUCUUUGACCUGCUGGGGAACGCUCCGGACUCCUGUAGCUUCUCCUAUCUUGAGUGCCCCAUCAGUUGCUGUAUUGCUUUGACAUUUAAAAAAAAAAAAAAAAAAAAAAAUCUCCCCUUUUUU